AACGGUGGCAAGCACCCAGCUAGCCUGACUUCUUUGUUAUAUCUACCGAGGGAGAAAGGGGGUAGAGGCCUGCGAUCAGUCGAACACGAGUACAAGAUCACUAAAAUCAAAUCGCUACUGAAACUGUAUCAGAACCCGGACCCGACUGUGGAAGCAGUUAGAGAAUUUGAAGAACACGCCAUGGCAUCAGGCCACCAGUCGCUCGUAAAGGAAGCAGCUAAGUACGCUGAAGAACUCAACAUCACCCUUCAGCUUGAUACCCUAAAUCCCGUGUGUGUUACAACAGAUGGAAAGGUGGUAACUGCAGCAAGAGCUGGGAAUCUGUUGAAGCAAUCUCAAGAGAAGCAGUUCUUGGAGAGCGCUAAAGACAAAAAGUGGCAAGGAAAGUUAUUCCGUAUCAGAUGGGAAGAUGAGAGCCUAAGCACAGCCAGCUGCUUUGCAUGGUUAAAAGGUUGGGCUACAUGCCCUACACAUACCAUCGCGGGCAUGUAUGAACUGUAUGAGCAGUUGUUACCUACGAAGCUCUACACAAAGGAGAAGACGCAAACCUCCACCGACGGCGAAGUUCUGUGCAGGUUAUGUGGGAAGGUAGCUGAGAGCGUUGCACAUGUACUGGCUGGAUGUUCCUCCCUGGCACAAACCAAGUACCUAUACAGGCAUAAUGCAGCUUUGAAGAUUCUGUUUUUUGAGCUCCUGCGAGAGCAUGGGUUAAUGGAAGAGGUUCCACCAUGGUACUCACCGGUGAUGCCAAAACCAGCCUACCAGAACACCACGAGUGAGGCGUUUUGGGAUAUUCCCAUCUAUGCAGAGCACAACGAAGUUAGAGCAAAUCGGAUCGACGCGCGACUUGUCAACCACGAGAGGAAAGAAGUCUGCACAAUUGAAAUGAGCUGCCCAUGGAUUGAGAGUAGAGCUAAGAAAGAUGAGGAAAAGACACUCAAGUAUGGGCCCAUGAUGUGGGAGCUGAAGCAGAGAUACAAUGGUUACAGGGUUGAACAGUUCAACGUAAUAAUUGACGUACUGGGGGGUUACUCUAAACACCUAGAGAAGUCGGUGAGGAAGCUACUUGGAGCGAGAGCACGGAGCGUACUUGAGCGAAUGCAGAAGUCGGUCAUCUCAAACACUUUAAACAUUGCCAGAACAUUUAAGAUAAAUACUUAG